ACAAUAUAAAAGGCAAAGCCACGCUUGGGCUCCGAAGUGCAUAUUGGGAAGCACAUUGAGACCACAUAAUGGAAGCUCCAUUGUUACUCUCCUUCCUCUUCCUCUUCCUUCUUCCAUUACUUUUCUCCUUCUUCUUCUUCAUCUUCACCAAAACCCCAACUUCCUCUUCUACCCCUUCCAUUAAACUCCCCAGAUCAUACCCCUUAGUGGGUUCCUUCUUCGCUGUCUUCGUCAACCGGCACCGCCGUCUGGAGUGGCUCUCCGACAUCCUCCAAGUCUCCCCCAACGCCACCUUCACCCUCCACCGCCUCUUCGGCCAGGCUCAGGUUUUUACGGCGAAUCCCGCCGUCGUACAGCACAUUUUGAAGACCCAAUUUCAUAUUUACCAAAAGGGAGAUCCGUUUCGCUCUGCUUUGAGCGAUUUUCUUGGCGACGGCAUCUUUAACGCCGACGGUGAGAGCUGGAAAUUUCAGCGCCAAGUUUCUAGUCAUGAGUUCAGCACCAAAUCCCUUCGGAAGUUCGUUGAGACCGUCGUCGACGCCGAGCUCUCCGAUCGGCUAGUCCCAGUUCUUAACACCGCGGCGACGGCCUGCUCUGUUUUGGAUUUUCAGGAUGUUCUUCAGCGGUUCGCUUUUGACAACGUUUGCAAGAUUGCUUUUGGGUAUGAUCCAUCUUACUUAUCACCAUCAUUCGGUCAAUCAAAGUUCGCAAAGGCAUUUGAAGACGCAGUUAGAAUCAGCAGCUUGAGGUUCCAGUCUUUGGUUCCAAUUUUCUGGAAGCUCAAAAAAUUUCUGGACAUUGGGUCCGAGAAAAGGCUUCGAAUCGCCGUAGCCGAAGUUCGAGGAUAUGCAAAGAACAUCAUUGAAGAAAAGAAAAACGAGCUCCAAACCAACUCUUCAAUCGCCUCAGUCGACUUGCUCUCCCGGUUCCUCAGCUCCGGCCACUCCGACGAGGAUUUCGUCACCGACAUAAUCAUAAGCUUCAUCUUGGCCGGACAGGACACGACCUCCGCGGCGCUAACCUGGUUUUUCUGGCUGUUGCCAAAAUACCCACAAGUGGAAGAUCGAAUUUUGGACGAAAUUUGCAACAAAUCGGAGGAUUUUGGUUAUGAUGAAGUGAAGAAUUUGACGUACACUCAUGCGGCUCUGUGUGAGAGUAUGAGGCUGUAUCCUCCAGUGCCGGUGGACGGGAAGCAGGCAGUGGCGGACGACGUACUACCGGACGGGACGGUGGUGAGGAAGGGGGAGAGGGUGGCGUAUCAUCCGUAUGCGAUGGGGAGGAUGGAGGGGAUUUGGGGGAAGGAUUGGGCGGAGUUUAGGCCAGAGAGGUGGCUGGAGAGCGGCGACGAUGCGGCGGCAAAGUGGAGGUUUGUGGGGAGGGAUAACUACACGUAUCCCGUGUUUCAGGCGGGACCGAGGAUUUGUUUAGGGAAGGAAAUGGCGUUUCUGCAGAUGAAGAGGAUGGUGGCCGGCAUUUUGAAAAGAUUCCGAGUGGUUCCGGCAGCAGCGGAGGGGGUGGAGCCCAAAUUUGUACAGUACAUGACGGCAAAGAUGGAGGGCGGGUUCCCGGUGAGGAUCGAGGAACGAAGGGCUCAGGGUUGACAACUAUUUUAAGCUCAUUAUGUCUCUCAUCUAUAUUAUGUUUUGAAGUACAACAAACUCGGACACUUCACUUAUCUCAGAUUAUCAAUUAUUAACCUAUAAUUUUACAAAUCAAUA